ACAUUAAUUGAAGACACUUUGAGAGUCACAAGCUCCAGACAACUCCACUCAAAGAUUUUGAGAUUUUUGAGUCAGUGAUUCUCAGUAGCCAUAGAUUUUUAUCCAUCUCCUUCUUCUUCUUCUUUCUCUUUCCUUUCCCUUGAUACAACACAACAAACCAAACCACUUUCACAAGAAGCUUUCUCUUUUUUGUUACUUCUUCUAACCACUCUAACUCCAACUACACCUACACCAACACCAACUCCUCGGAUUCACGAACUGGGUUGUAGCUUUCUCACUCAAACACUUUGACUUUUCAGGCUAAGUUUCUAAAGCAGUAGUUUUUGUGGUUUUUCUAGGCAUGGAGUCCCCACAAUCUGUUGUGUCACCAUUGAAGAAAUCUGUGUUGGUUGAUAAUGAGAAGCAAAAACAUGAUGUUCCCUUGUCUAAGGACAUUGAAGUCAAUGGAACAAAGGAUGAUUUCAUGGGUGUUGUUGAUGUUUACAUCCAUGAGGCUAGGGACAUUCAUAACAUCUGCAUAUACCACAAGCAAGAUGUUUAUGCCAAAAUUUGUUUGACAAGUGAUCCUGAUAACUCUGUCUCCACCAAGAUCAUCAACGGUGGAGGAAACAACCCUGUGUUCAAUGAGAAUCUAAGUCUAAGUGUUAGGACUGUUGAUUCGGCUGUGAAAUGUGAGAUUUGGAUGCUGAGCCGGGUCAGGAACUAUCUAGAAGACCAGUUGCUUGGUUUUGCUUUGGUGCCACUUUCUGAAGUUCUGGUGAAUAAGGAUUGCAAGCUUGAGAAAGAGUUCUCACUUUCUUCCACCGAUCUUUUCCAUUCUCCGGCCGGUUUUGUUCAGCUUUCGCUUGCCUACUCCGGUGCUUCCCCUGAUGUUAUGGCAAUAUCCUCAAUGCCUUUGAAAUUGGCUGCAAAUGAGAUUGACAAGGACUCAGAACCGUGCAGCGAGUCGUUGGUGGAAGAUUUAGACAAGAUUGAGUUCCCUGAUCCGAAAAUAGCCAAGGAAGAUUGCUUGAUGGUUUCGGAAUACAUAAGCAUUCAAUGUUCUGAGGAUGCUGAAAACCAUAGCAGUGUUGAAUCAAUGCAACCUCCACCUCCUCCUAAGGUUGAUUCUCCACCAAGCAGUGUAUCAACAAAUGGAAUCUCGUCUCCUUCGGUGGCUGCAAGCUCAGAAUCCUCUGCUGCUAAGGAAGAGAAGAAAACUAUGGAUGUAAAAAAUGGUGAUACUGAUUCCUCUAGUAGGGAAGCAUUCGCGAAACCUCUUGUGAGUUUGAAAAUUGAGCCAGAGCCAGAGCCAAGCAUGGUGCAGCAGGACAUAGUAGACAUGUAUAUGAAAAGUAUGCAGCAAUUCACCGAGUCGUUGGCGAAAAUGAAGCUUCCUAAUAUGGACAGUGAGAAGGGAGUAGCUAGCUCAGGUAACUCCGGCAGCUCUGAGCAGAAGCUUCAGGCCUCAAGGAGUGGUAACUCGCGCGUGUUCUAUGGUAGUAGAGCUUUCUUCUGAGGUUAGAUAACUUGGAAAUGGAAACUGAUAUAAGUAGUUAAGAACAGAAAUAAUGUACAAUCCCAGUGUGGGAACCAUAACCUUUGUACUUAUCAGAAACAAGCUUGCUCCUAUCUUAUAUAACUUGUGUUUCUUUUGUUGUGAA